UCCCCGGCGCUCAGUUGCGGGCGGGCGGGGCUGCGCGGUGCGCGGAGUUGUGGGGGGCGCACUUAACACUGCUCCUGGGCCGGUAGGGGCAGCGCGUGGGACCAGCGUCGAAGCGCGCCGCCCCCAGCCCGCCCAGGAGCCUCGCCCCGUCCGGACAUUCCUGCAAGUGGCCGAACCAGCCGGACGAGCCCGACUCUCCGCGGUUCCCGGCGGCAGCAGGUGGCCCCGGAGUUCCUGCCCGUCACCUCAGCCCCGGCGGGCAACGCGCCCCGGAGCUGUCUGGGCUGUCCCCGCCGGGCGGGAUGGAAGCGGACGGGGACCAGGAGGAGCUGGCCCGCUUGCGCUCCGUCUUCGCUGCCUGCGACGCGAACCGCUCGGGGCGCCUAGAGCGCGAGGAGUUCGGCGCGCUGUGCGCGGAGCUGCGCGUGCGGCCGGCAGACGCCGAGGCCGUGUUCCAGCGUCUAGACGCCGACCGGGACGGCGCCAUCACCUUCCAGGAAUUCGCGCGCGGCUUCCGCGGGGCCCGCCGCGGGGGGCGGCACCGGGGUUGGGGCCCUCGGGAGCCCGCGUCCACCGCGGGCCAGGUGGAGCCCGACCGCGAGGACGGCGAGGAGGACGAGGGCGACGAGGACGCUGCGGAGACGCUGGCAGCACCCUGGGGUCGCGCGAGCCCGGUCCAGGCUUGGCAGGACUUCCAGGCGCGACUCGGGGAAGAGGCCAAGUUCAUCCCCAGAAAAGAGCAAGUCAGUACCUUGUAUCUAAACAUCAACCUUGUGGAGCCAAGACUAAUUCAGCCAUACGAACAUGUUAUAAGGAACUUCAUCCGCGAGAUCAAACUGCAAAGCACAGAAAUGGAAAGCCUGGCCAUUGCAGUGAAGAGAGCCCAGGACAAGGCAGCCAUGCAGUUGAGUGAGCUGGAGGAGGAAAUGGACCAGAGGAUUCAGGCGGCAGAGCACAAGACGCGGAAAGAUGAAAAACGUAAAGCUGAGGAAGCCCUCAGUGACCUCAGACGUCAGUAUGAAACAGAAGUAGGGGAUCUACAGGUGACAAUAAAGAAACUCAGAAAGCUAGAAGAACAGUCAAAACACAUAAGUCAAAAGGAAGAUGUGGCUGCAUUAAAAAAGCAAAUUUAUGAUUUAUCAAUGGAAAAUCAGAAAGUUAAGAAAGAUCUUUUAGAAGCACAGACAAACAUAGCCUUUCUUCAGAGUGAAUUAGAUGCUUUGAAAAGUGAUUAUGCCGAUCAGAGUCUGAAUUCAGAAAGGGAUCUGCAAAUAAUCCAAGAGUACACAGAAGAUCGAAAUAGUCUUGAGAGGCAAAUCGAAAUACUCCAAACAGCUAACCGGAAACUGCAUGACAGUAAUGACGGCCUGAGGAGUGCCCUUGAAAACAGUUACAGCAAGUUCAACAGAUCUUUGCGCAUAAAUAAUAUAUCACCAGGGAAUACAAUUUCUAGAAGCAGUCCCAAAUUUAAUGGUCAUUCCCCUCAACCUCUGGGCUAUGACAGGUCAUCCCGCUCUUCCUAUGUGGAUGAGGACUGUGACUCGUUGGCCCUCUGUGAUCCAAUGCAGAGAAUGAAUUGUGAGGUUGACAGCCUGCCUGAGAGCUGCUUCGACAGCGGCUUGUCUACCCUGAGAGACUCCAAUGAGUACGACUCAGAGGUGGAGUACAAGCACCAGAGGGGACUUCAGAGGUCACACGGCACGCAGGAGAGCUUUGCGGGCGAUGCUUCAGACACAGACGUUCCUGAUAUAAGAGAUGAAGAGACGUUUGGUGCAGAAGGUGUGGCUUCCAUCUUGGACUGGAAGCCCCAGGGGCCCUCUAGUGAAGGCAGCAUUGUCAGUUCUUCGAGGAAGCCCAUCUCGGCACUGUCACCACCGACAGACAUGGUGGAUGGUAACCAUAAAUCUUCCAGCUCACAGAAGGCUUACAAGAUUGUGCUUGCUGGAGAUGCUGCAGUGGGGAAGUCUAGUUUCCUCAUGAGACUUUGCAAGAAUGAAUUUCGAGGAAAUACAAGUGCCACUUUGGGAGUUGAUUUUCAAAUGAAAACUCUCAUUGUGGAUGGAGAGCGAACGGUCCUGCAGCUCUGGGAUACAGCCGGUCAGGAGAGAUUCAGAAGUAUUGCCAAGUCUUACUUCAGGAGAGCAGAUGGCGUUCUGUUGCUGUAUGAUGUGACGUGCGAGAAAUCCUUUCUUAAUGUACGAGAGUGGGUAGAUAUGAUUGAGGAUGCAACCCAGGAGAGCAUUCCUAUCAUGUUGGUGGGAAACAAGGCUGAUCUUCGUGACGCUGCUGCAGCAGAGGGACAAAAGUGUGUCCCAGGAUACUUUGGAGAAAAGCUAGCCAUGACCUAUGGGGCAUUAUUCUGUGAAACCAGUGCCAAAGAUGGCUCGAAUGUAGUGGAAGCUGUUCUCCAUCUCGCUCGGGAAGUGAAAAAAAGAACCGAUGAGGAUGACAGCAAAUCCAUUACCAAUCUGAGCGGGACCAGUUCCAAAAAGUCAACCCAGAUGAAGAACUGUUGCAGUAGUUAAAUCCCAUACAUCUUUGGCCUCUCAAGUCCCAGAGUGCUAAGUUUCCAUGACCUGUUUGCUUCUUGCAGAGUGGUACAUCCUACAGACACUGCCUGUGGGAAGUUACAGUGUGGGAGUCUGAAUCGUGCUCUAGAUCUCUCUGGAGCCCUGGCUUUUUGCUAUGUUUCAGUGAAUGAUUUGGGCCCCCUGGUUAAAUAUACUUGUCUUGUCGUUGCAGAGUCUCCAAGAUAAUGUGUAAAAAGUGAUAAAAAAAAAAAAAAGUCACCUGCUCAGAUCAAAGCUGUAGAAGAAACUGACAUAAUUAUUCAUGUGUAGCUGACUUUGUAGAUAAUCCAUGACAAAAUUUUAUUUCAAAUAUUCGAUAGUAGAAUAUUAGUAAAAAGGGAUUACCAUCCUAGCUUUACUACUAACUAGCCUGUGGCCUGAGAUCUGUCAGCAACCCACAUUAGAUCUGUUUCCUCAUCUGUGAAACAAGCAUCUUGGCCUUGUGGGCCUUGACCUCUCAGAUUUUGUGCGCUGUAAGGAGCGGGAAGGAGCCCCUGCUGGCCCACAGUUAAUAAGGACUCUGGUUGGUUGUACUUUUUAAAUAUUGGGGAUAUUGACUUUUCUCAUUUCUGAAACAACAGAACUUGAGAAAAAACAUGGUAAUGUGUUAGGCUCCAGUGGAGACAGAAAAAUCUAUUUUUUUAUAUAUAUAAAGAAAAAAACAUUUUUGUGACAAAGAGUUGGAAAAAAAUGGUACUGUAAUCUCAGAAUACUUGCAAAAUCCAUGGUUUAGAGUCAAUGUUAAAAAUUCUAAUGAAAACUUAGGAGGCCACAUACUACUAAAAAUGCAAUGCCCAGGAAAGUUGUCACUCUUUACUUAAAAAUAUAUACCAGUAAGUCAUGACCAUGGGUUGGGGACACACAGGAACUGGGAGUGACUGCUAAUGGGUAUGUGGUUUCUUUGGGGGAUGAGAAUUUUCUGGAAUUACAUUGUGAUAAUGGUUGUACAACUGUGAAUAUACAAAAUAACACUAAAUUAUAUACUUUAAAAUGGCUGAAGUUUAUGGUAUGUGAAUUAUACCUCAUUAAAAAAAAACACUACCAGUAGAAACAAUUUAACAUUUUGCCAAAUGAAAAUGUGCAUGCUUGAUUCCUACCUUCCCAUGGUUUACAAACAUAAUCUCCAAUACAGUGCAAAUCCCUCAACUCCCUAGUUGCCAGCAUUUGCUUCCUGAAAUAAUGAACAGCGAUAGAAAUGCAUGGUUUUGGAAACUCAACUCUUCAAAAGAGGAAUUGUCCUUAGGAAUGGGAAAUCCAAGUCCUUUGUUGAAUGUGACUAGUGACUCCUGCUCACCAACAGCUUGGUUGGUCUUGCUCUUCUAGAACCUGCAGUGCCUCCCAGAUUUCUCCACCAAAAUGUCGCUAGCACUGAGAGAGUCGACACCUGACCCUAGAGAGAAGCCUGGUUUUUGGUGUUUGGUUUUCAGUGGUCUUGAACCAAUUAAGUUAUUUCCAACCAGACGUUUGAACUUACCUUGGUUCAUAUAGGUUAGGUCCAGGUUCCAAGCAGUCUGCUGAAAAAACUUAAAGAAUAGUGGUUAUUUAUGGUAUUAUGUGAGCUAAUAACGUUCCUUUUUGUUGAAUUAAAAGAAUCCCAUGUAGCAGUUUUCUCCUGUUUAUGAUUUUUAUGAUCAAACCUUAAAUUCCCUAGCUUCAUUUUUUUUUUAAAUGAAAACUGACCAGAUAUGUUACACACACAGGUUAUAAAUAACCACAGCAUCCUUUAGCUUUGAAAAGCUUGCCUUCUCUCUAUUGACAUCUAGCCCCCCCACUCCCCCCACUGGAAAGUUUGAUCUAUCCUCAGCAACUCUACCAUGCAUUUGUGUUGUGUGGUUUUGGUUGCAGAAAAAGAAGUUUAUAUUUUUGACUGAAAAGAAUGCCUUGCUUGUCAAAUGGAACAGGGCAGGGAGGUGGUUAUUUUGGGACUAUGGUGAGAUGCAGAUUUGGCCACUGCUGUUUGUCUCUGUGGCACCUUUUGGAGCCCAGGUUAGAAAGGAUCUUCUGUGUUGACAUAGGGGACACAUGUUCAGGUGUUUGGUGCAGUUGCACAAAACUGUGUUAAUAUACAUGUUGUGUUGCCUUUAUUUAUUUUCCCCCAAAGUGUCUCUCUGUGUUUGUACGACAGUCUGUACAUAGAGUAUACCUUUGGUACAGAAGUAUUAUCUUCGCUUUUGCCUCUGGAUUGUAUGGUUAGUACACCCAUAGAUUCGGAGAUUACAAAGGCACCUUUAAUAGACAAAGCAAUCAUCUUUAUUUGAACCUAGAUAAAUAUUUUGGCAAUAAAAUCCAAAUUAGAGACUUACAGCUUUGGUUAGCAAUCUUGUUUAAAGAAAAGCUACUUGAAAGUUCUUUCAGCUGCAUUGGUGGGAAAUCAUAAUUAUUACUCACAUUUGAUUUCAUGAAGGUGUUCUCAAAGUUACAGUGUAUUUUUGGUAAGAAAAAAAAUAUUUAAUGUUUUUAACUUAGACUUAUUGUGACACAUUUGCAUAGUCCUGUGCAGCUAACUCAUCUUGACUCAAUUUUUCCUUUGAGAGCUUUUAAAAUCACAAUUCUAUUAUGCUCCUUUUUUUAUGCAUCCUGACACAUUGGAUAAUAUUUUAAUUUCAUCAUGGAAAAGAAUGUUGGAUAAGGAGACAUUUUUCACUGUUAACUUUUAGCCUCAUGCAUUUUCAUAAUUUAUUUUUUCCACUUGCUGCUUUAUAUGACAUAUGUGACAUUUGAUUAUUUAAUACCAAAUGUGAUUUGCAUAAACCCAAGUCAUACAACCCUCUUGCUGAAGAUAAAAUUGAGGUUAAAAGAUAACGAUUUAUUUUCGUAUUUGUACAGUGAUCGGCUUCAGAGUGAAGGCUUUUGUGGGCUUUUAUUGUAUAUGUGUGUAAGAAAUUUCAUAUGUAUAUAUUAAGUAGGCCUCUGGGUAUUGAAUAAUUGUUUCAUGAUUUUGAUUUAUAUGGUUUACAUUUUCAUAGUAUUGGCCAUAUUUCGUUUAUACUGUUUAUUUCUCUUCAAACCAUUAAUAAUUAUACCAUAAAGUGUAAUUUUUAUAGCAAUGCAAAUGUCUAAGGAACUACAAAUAUUUUCUGCAUUGUAAAUUCAGUAAAGCACGCUUCUGUUGGC